AUGGCAAAACGAAAGCGCGGCUCCCACUCUCCCACUCCAGAUCUUCUCGCCGGCUCCGAAACCGCCGACCGCACGCUGAAAAACCAAAAGCGCGUGUGCAACCGCUGCCUGCUCGAUGCGAAAAAGUCGCUAAUCACAGCGCUUCGCCUCGGCGCAGGCUUUGAGCGCCAGAAACACAGUCGCAGGAAGAAGACGGCGCAGGCCAAAAAUGAUACAAAGGGCUUGGAGCGGCUGGAUGCCGAGUAUGUGGUGUUGAAGAGCCUGGAGCUGGAGAAGAUUGCGGACCAGCAACUGCGGAAGACGGUGGGAAGGGUGAAGAGUCUGAAGGAUCAAGAAGCGCUGAAGACGUAUGUAGCAGGCGUGGAGAAAAGCAACACUGAUUCUGCAACACUGAACGUGUUGGCGAGGUUGUACAAGGUCGCGGCGGUGAAGAAGGUGGUGGACGAUGCAAUUGAGCAGCUGAAGGGCGUAUUUGCGCUGGUGGAUGCAGCGACACCGAAUGCAGACAAGAAAGAAUCGAAGAAGCAAAAGAAGCCAGUGGCAGAAGAUGUAGAAAUGCUGGACGUGAGUCACGAAGAAGGCGACCCAUUCAAUGCGUUCAACGCGCGGAUAGCAGCACCGUCGUCUGGUGAAGAGGGCAGCGAAGGCUCCGUAUCGGACGGUGAACGGCCGCCAAGCAUCGGAGACAGCGAAAGAGAACACGAUGCAGAAGACGAUCUAGAUGCGGAGAGCGAGAGUGAAGACGGAGAUGCGUUCAAAGGCUUUAGCGGGGCAAGUGACGACGAAGACGUUGCUAUUGAACGCCGAUUGGCACCGCCGUCAGAUAUGUCAGACUCGGAUGCAUCUGAACAAGCUGGAAAAACUAUCAAGAGCCUUAAAGCGAUAGUCCCCAAAGCACCGACGUCAUCCGCCUUCAUCCCCUCCAUGAGCCACGCUACAUACAUCGCAGGCUCCGACUCGGAAGCCUCGGAUCUCUCUGCCGACUUUGCGCCCCGCAAAAAUCGCCGCGGCCAGCGUGCACGUCAAAAAAUCGCAGAAGCAAAGUUUGGCGCCAAGGCUAAACAUGUCGAGAAGCAAAAUCAAGCGCAGUGGGACGCCAAACGUGGAGCUGUUAGUGCCAAGAGAGGUUAUGGUCCAACGCAAAGUGGAGAGAAUGCUAUACCGCUGGGCAAGAAGAAGGAAGAGAAGAAGCGAGACGACAAGGGCACGUUGCAUCCUAGUUGGGAGGCAGCGAAGAUGGCCAAGGAGAAGAAGAUGAUCAAGAUUGACCUUGGGAAGCCGCAGGGGUUGGGCAAGAAGGUUGUGUUCGAUUAA